AUGUCGUUAGGUGAUGGGAGUGAAGGCACUGGACCGGCCGUCUGCUUGUCAGUUUUGAGGAGGGCGCAGUACAGCAACGACGAGAAGCCGCUCAUGCAGGUGCUCGUCAACUGCGGCGAGUGUGCAUGCCGCAUCCUGAACGAGACGCGGACCAAGUUGAGUAGAGUGAGCCACGUCCUUGUCACCCGCUGCGAGCCCACGAGGAUCUCAGGCAUCUCGAGCUUGCUGUUCCACCUCAGUGAUAAGGGUAGUGCGAGCCUUUCUUUCGUUGGUCCAACCCCCCUCCACUCCUACAUCGAGACCGUGAGAACUUUCGUCAGGCGGCGUUUCCCAGAGAUUGAAGUCGCCGAAGUCGGAGCAGAAGGAGACAAAGGUUUUGCCUUCAACAGCUCAUCUGAUGAUCCAGAUACCUUUGCCUGGGCACAGAGCCGAGCCCCACACACUGGAGUUUCAAUCCACGCGAUCCCGAUGACAGCAACGUCGAACAAACGCCAGAAAACCUUGCAUGGAGACUGCAUCGAAAACAGUUCUUCAAGGUCAAGACCAGUGUUAUCAUAUGCGUUCCUCAUUCGGGGCCCUCCACCUCAACCGCACAAAGAUUCUGAUGCGAAUGCAACCAGGCAGACUUUGUUUGUUGUUGUGGAUCAUGCAGAUGAGCAGGUUGAUGCGAGCCAAGUGUGUCAGGCGAUCACGUCUUGGCUAGAGCAGAUGGAGAUGAAAUCAAAAGACGGAAAGUUGAGAGACGAUCUGCAUCAGAGAGUCAUGUUGCACUUGGGUACCAGGAGCGUCUUGGAAAGUGCAGAAUUCCGGAGUCUGAGAGAACGUGAUGUGUUCCAGUUAUUCCAACACGUUGAGUUGUGUACAAAUGAGGCAAGCUCUGGGCCUUGUGCUGUGGAGAAAGAGGAAAUCGAGAUGAUCCUUGACACAGGUCGCUCACAUGAAAUAUGA